AUAAUUCGAUUAUUGAAUUAUCCAAUCCCAGUAUCCAUUUAGACAUCCCCUACUAAAAAUACACUUUCGUAUGACUCAAACAAACAAACAAAAACGAGAGUAUUUUGAAAGGAAUCAUUAAUUGCUGAUGCGUUCUGUAGUAUACAAGAUAAUGGCUAAUCCGCAUCCGCAUAAUUGAAUUUGAUCGGAAUCGGCAAUGAAUCUUGGGGUUGCCGUUAUACCUCCCAACACUCCUCUUCGUCUCUCUUUCACUCAUACUCUAGCUCCCAUCAAUAAUCCCACAACUCCAGGAAGAAGAAAUCUAGUUGUGCUCAGUCAAAGUCGUAAUCUUGGUUAUUAUAACAGUGAUCGGCUAGUAAUUUCGGACACUAUGGAAACCAAAGCAGUGUCUUCUGAAGUAAAUAGGAGCCUUUACACGGAUAUAGAGCCAUACGACACUGGUUUUCUAAAGGUUUCGGACAUUCACACACUUUAUUAUGAGCAGUCUGGGAAUCCGGAUGGGCAUCCAGUGGUUUUCCUCCAUGGAGGUCCAGGGGGCGGAACUUCAUCUAAGAACCGGAAAUUCUUUGAUCCCCAUUUUUAUAGGAUCAUUUUAUUUGAUCAGAGAGGCGCUGGUAAAAGUGCACCUCAUGCUUGCCUGGAGGAGAAUACAACUUGGAAACUUAUUGAAGACAUUGAAAAACUAAGAACACACUUACAAGUUCCCGAAUGGCUGGUUUUUGGUGGUUCAUGGGGAAGCACUCUCUCUCUAGCAUAUAGUGAAUCUCAUCCUGACAAGGUGACUGGUCUUGUAUUGAGAGGCAUUUUUCUAUUGCGCAAGAAAGAAAUUGAUUGGUUUUACGAGGGUGGAGCUGCUGCCAUAUACCCUGAUGCUUGGGAGCCAUUUAGAGAUCUUAUUCCUGAAAGUGAAAGAGGAUGUUUUGUUGAUGCCUACCACAAGAGGUUAAACUCCAAUGACAAGGAGACACAAUAUGCAGCUGCUAGGGCAUGGACCAAAUGGGAAAUGAUGACAGCUCAUCUUCUGCCUAAUGAAGCUACCGCUAAACGUGGAGAUGAUGAUGAGUUUUGCUUGGCUUUUGCAAGGAUUGAGAAUCACUACUUUGUCAACAGAGGUUUUUUUCCUUCAGACUCCUACCUGUUGGACAAUCUUGAGAAAAUAAAGCAUAUCAACACUGUAAUCGUGCAGGGAAGGUAUGAUGUCUGCUGCCCCAUGAUGUCAGCAUGGGAUCUUCAUAAGGCUUGGCCAGAGGCUGAUUUCAGAGUGGUCCCAGAUGCUGGGCAUUCGGCUAACGAACCAGGAAUAUCGAAAGAACUUGUUGCUGCAACUGAGAAGUUGAAGUUUAUCAUCAAAGGAUCUGCUCCCUAGAACUGCACCGCCACGUUUCAUAUCUACUUCAAUAAUUCAUAUCUGUGCUAUUAUGUAAUACACGGUUUCGGCGACUUUUUCUUUUUGAUUGAAUACAGAUUGGAAAAUAAUGUCUGAUUUUGAUAUAUAUAACUUCAAUUAUAUAUAUCUGAAAACUCUUCUUGGCUGUCUA